AUGGACCAGAAUAUAUUCCCUUCAACGUCUAGCAGGGAGAUUUCUCGACACUUGUCAAGUCCUAAUGAGUUCAGUUCUUUAGGGACAAAGCAGCCCUCAGCAAGUGUCCAGAGCCAGAGCCAAGGUUUCAGCUUUUUCUUCCAGAGUGUCCGUAAAAGCUUCAGUAGCCUCUUCAGUAGCUGUGGGCUGUUUUUUGUAGAUCUUGUAAGCCUGGGAAAAGCCAGAUACUGUGGGCCUCUGGUGAGAGCUCUGGAGAGCUCCUUGAAAACAAGGUUUGCAGAGGUUUUCAGUGCAGUCAAGAUACCAGGAUGUGAGCCGGCUGAAGGAAGAGGCCCCACCAAAUUUCCUUUCACCAAUGCCUACUUCAUAGCAUCUGUGUUGGACCCAGCAUUUGGCUUCCAGCGGCUAGAACAUGAUGUGCAGCUGGACAGUGACGUCAAAGAUGUGCUGAAGACUGAGAUCAAAGAGUAUAUAAAGGCAGAGGGUGACAAGCAAGCGGUAUCAACAGCAGAUGCAGCGGAAGCAACAGGACCAGGGGAAGGUGAACUUUCAGAGUCUCCUCCUGAGAAGCAGUUGAGAAUGUUCUCCCACUAUAGGAGGACUCCCUCCUCCACCGAGAAGAAGCCGUCUGGCCAGGCUCAGUUGACUGCAUACCUCAACUUGAUCGCUGAGCAGGACUCUGACUCAGUCCCGUGCCUCAGGUUUUGGCAGCAAAACAAAUCCAAAUUCCCUACCCUCUAUCAGAUUGCCACACAGGUAUUCUCUAUCCCUACCUCCAGUGCACCCAUUGAAAGGGUAUUUAGUCAUGGAGGCAUUUUGAUGAGGCCUCACCGUGCAAGGUUGAGUAGUUCCAUGCUGUCAGAUCUUAUGUUUUUGAAAUGCAACGUGUAUGCUUAAAACUAGUGCCACCAGCCUUUUGUUCCUAACUAUUCCUGAGAGACAAUGUCUUUUGAC